GUAGCUUUGCGAUACGUUUUUAAUAUUACCAAAGGUUAAUUCGCAUUGCCUACUUUUAGGGUCCUCUCAAGUUGUCAAAUCGAACUGUUUCUUCGUUUAACUACUUUUAAAGAAUUCUAGUGAUAUCUGUUCCGUAUAGUUCGCUCCCAUGUGUACAUAACAAUCAUCCUGUGAUUUAUGGUAGCAGUGUUGAUUAAUUCAGUUGUAUUAUCAUCUUUUGUUUUUUCCUUUCCCGUGGUACCUUUAUUGUCUUUGUUAUAACUGUAAUCCGCCCUUGUUUUGCACGAUUAUUGGAAGUUUUGAUCCAAGCAAGAAAAAGGACAAAUAUCGAGUAUUUCCCUCAUAUAUUCGUUAAAACGGACAUUAUAAGUAGGUAUACUGCUGCUUUCUAAACCAUUAAACUUACUUCGCCUGUGUAAUUUGCCCUGGAGCAAAGCAACUUUAUUUACGUUAUGAUGGAAGCAGUACCAAAAGAGUUCGUCCCAAAAAAACGGCGAGUGUUGGCUCAAUCGCCUCAGGCGUGUCUUCGUUGUCGUCGAAAGAAAAUCAAGUGUUCGGGUGGAAAGCCGACAUGCACUACUUGUGCGAAUAAUAAUGUUCAAUGUGUUUGGCCCAGUAGGCCCAACAUGCGCGGAAAACGUUCAAUUAACCAAUUGAAUUCCAGUGAAGUUCUCGGAAAAAAUGGUGAUAGCGUGUCUUUACAUGGGCAAACUUAUCAUCAUGCCCUUCCGCUUUCUCAAUCAAGCAUUUCUGACAUAUCAGAUGGGAUGGAAUUUCCACUUACGGGGUCUUUAUCUGGUGAUGAUUAUAACAAACGUUUUCGCAUGCCAUCUCAUAAAAAGAUCCUACGCUUUUGGGAGAUCUUUCAAAAAACAUCAUAUAUAGAAGUAUUUGGGCUUUUCCAUAAAGCACAAAUCACAGCCCAAAUUGCACAUCAAUCUAUCCCACCGACAUUGGCUUUGUGCAUCUGUGCUCAUGCUGCUCGGUUCUCUCAAGAAGAAAUUGCACACUUUAAAACGCCAGCCCUUGCCUCCGAUUAUUAUGCGAAACAAGCAUUUUCGAUGUUGUCAUUUCAAUUGCAGGAUAUUUCGCUUGUGAAUAUUGCCUCAUUAUUACUCCUUGCUUUACUAGAACUUGGAGCUGGUCGAGGAUCAAAGUCUUGGCUUUUGUUAGGAAUGGCAAUUCGAAUGGUCGAUUCAAUGGAUUUGGGAGACGAACCUGAUAAUGAUCCUUUAGGCCGCCAGUCAACAUCCUUAUCCUGGGGAGAUCGAGAAAUGCGCCGACGCACGUAUUGGGCCUGUUUCAUCGUCGAACGACUUCUAACAACUGGCUACCUAGCGCCUUCAAAGCUCCGGACACUUUCGUUAAAGCUUGAAAAAACAAAUAUUCAGCUUCCAUGUAAUGAAGAAGAUUUUCUGUACUUUCGCGAAAUGUUAACAGAAACUUUUGAUGGAUCUGCGCCCAAAGCUGCUUACACCGAGUAUUCUGCCGAAAACUCAAUACCUCAAAAAUCACCAACUAACUCUAUUAUGGCCUGGUUGGUAAGGCUUACGAGUGUUUGGAGUGAUACUUCCCGUUGGGUAUUGUCGGGCGGAUGCUUGCAAAAUAUUGUUCCUCCUUGGCUGCCUCAAUCGGAAUUUCAUCAGCAUAUGGAUCAGCUCUUGGAAUGGCGGAAGGCCCUACCUUCGCAAUUGUGUUGGUCGUACGUCAAUUAUACGGCCAAUAGUAUUCCUGGUUCUUCCAUCGGUUCUCCUUAUGUAUUCUUGCAUUUGCUAUAUCAUACCGCUACUGUUUACCUGAUACGGAAUCUUUUGGACCUUUUUCCUAAAAAGUGCAACAACAAAUUUUCGCUUUUCUCAUCUCUCUCCGUUCGUUUUGGACAGCAUCCUCCUACAAUGUGGGUUGAUGAGAUUCUUAACACACUUUUGAGUUCGGCAGACAUGAUCACGAAAUUGGCAAAGGAUCCCAUUAACCACAACAUGAGUCCGUUCUUUGGAUUUAGCAUACUUAACGCUUCUACCAUUCACAUGCUGUGUAAGUUCUGUCUUUUUAAUUCUGAUCCUGGUUUUGCGACAUCGUCAACCUAUGUGGAAACGGAUUAUCAAGUUUUGUAUGAACGUGCAAAGUAUUGGAAAACGAAUCAGGACAUGCUCACAGUAUUUCAAAAGCUGUAUAAUUAUUACCGGUUCCAGUACGCAGAGCCGGAGCAGCCGUUUUUUGAUCUAAAAUUCCUGGGAUUUCCGCAAUGCAUCUUGGAGUAUGCUUCAACAAUGGAAGAUCAACAAAGUGUCAAUCCCGCGGUUGACGUUGCUGCCACUUAUACGAAAGAGUUGUUAUCAAAACCGGUUACUGAUUUUCCGAAGUUUGGUGACAACUCAGUUCGAAAAUUUACUGAAACGGGAAAAGAGCCGGCACCGACUCUUUCUCCCUCACACAUGCAGGAUGUUCUUAAUCAAGAACUUCCCAUCCCAUUAAAAACAUCCUUACCACUGGGCGACAUCCAGUGGUGGAAUGAGGUCUUUGGUAACGAAGUUAAAUCCGACUUUGGUUUAAGGCCAUAUGACGAUCUGCAGGACCACGGACUGGCAAUUUGACUGUGUAGAAAGUUUCAGAUGAUUCACGAUUUUUUUUAUUUUUCCAUGUUGGUUCUUUGUUUUCUAUAUAUGUAACAUAAGCCGUCGGUUGGUUUUCAUUCGUUUCAUAUUCACGUUUUAAAUGGGUUUCCGGUGAUAAUAAGCAGAGUAAUACACAAUUGUCAAUUACAAUAUAUAAUGCGUGGUUGUAAUUUAAGUUUUUUAAUUAUUUAAAAAUAGAGUUUAUACGCUCAGGAAGGAGAUGAUUGAUGAAGAUCAUAUGUU